AUGGGCAAGGACCACGCCGCCGCCGCAUCGCGCCUCGCCGCCGUCGGGCAGCAGCUGCGCGGCGCUGCCUCGUCGGCGGCCACCUCGGCGCCGCCCGCGUCGGAGCGGCGCGGCACGCUGCGCCUCGGCGCGUCCGUCGAGCUGCCCGUCUAUGCGCCGCACGACGAGAGCCGCCUGCCGGACCAGCGCCGCCUGCUCGACCUGCACGACGCCACCGUGCGCGCACACCUCGAGUGGCUCGGUCGCAAGUACAGCCUGCGCCAGGAUGCCUUCCUGAUCUCGCCGCCGGGCCCGUACGCGCGGCGGCUGGCCCUUACGUUUGCCGCGCUGCUGCAGCUGCCCGUCGAGCACGUCUCGCUGCACCGCGACGUCGGCGAGGCCGAGCUCAUCCAGGCGCGCAACCUCGCCGCCGGCAAGACGCUCACCUACACCGACGGGCCCGUUGUGCGUGCCAUGAAGCGCGGCUCGCUGCUGAUCCUCGAAGGCAUCGAGCGUGCCGAGCGGGCAAGCAUGCCGUUGCUGAACAAUCUGAUCGAGAAUCGCGAGAUGGGCCUGGCCGACGGCACUCACCUCGUGCCUGCUGCCACAAUCGAGGCUGCUCGCGCUGCCGGCGGCAACACGACGUUCAUUCCGGUCAGCGAGAACUUCUUCGUCAUCGCCAUCGGCCUCCCGGUGCCGCCGUACAAGGGCCUGCCGCUCGACCCGCCAUUCCGCUCGCGCUUCCAGGGCCGCUGGAUCGAGGGCACUGUGCCGUCGGAGACGGCCAUGCCGCAGGACCAGCAGGCCAAGGCGCUGAGCGAUGCGCUGGCCGUGCGCUUCCGCGAGUGGGCUACGCUCGUGCGGCUGCACAGCACCGUGGCAGAGGGCGGCGAGGUGCUGCCGGCAGCCGAGCGUCUUCCCAACGUGCCCAACACGGCGCUCAGUCUCUUUGCCGACCUGGCCGCGCGCUUUCCGCCAGCACAGCCGCUGCCGAUGCCGCCUGCCGUGCAGAGCAGCAGCAGCGGCGAGGAGGGCCCGCAGCUCAAGCAGCUGCCUUCGGCGCCGCCGCGAAACGGUGCGCUGCAGGUGCAUGAGACGACCCGUGCACAGGUCGAGGCACGCGAGGCGCAGCAGCUCAAGAACUUCGUGGAGCGUGAUGGCCGUCUGAGCGGCGACGGCACCAUUGCUCCCAGCACACGCAUGCUGCUCGGCGCCGGCUUUCCGAUGCUCUACACGCUCGACGCGCGCCGCUACAAGCUUGCCGCCGACCUGCUCUCGGCGCUGGCGCUCGACAAGGGCAUCGGCGGCGGCGGCGCCGAGGUCGAGGAGGGCAAGGGCUUCCUGGGCUACCGCAUUGCCUCGAUCACUCGUGCCGCACCGGACGCCGCCAACCUGACGUUCCAGCAGGAGGACGGCCGCAGCGUCACAGUGCGCGUGCCAGCCGGUCCUCUCCCCUUCGAGACGCUGCCGACGGUCAGCUUCGAGACGCCGGCCGCCGAUGGCCUGCUCUUCACGCCACGUCUCGCUGGCGUGCUCACCUGCAUGCUGCAGCUGCACGCUGUGGGGCGCGACGUGGUCCUGCUCCCUUCGGCGCUGGCGCUUGGCCACCUCGGCGAGGACUUCUCGCCCUCGUCGUCCUCCAGCACGUCGACGAGCAUCAGCCUCUUCGCCAAGCUGCUCGGCUACGCGCACGAGGGCGUGCACUUGUGGAAAGAUCUCGGCGGCAACGAGCUGAUCGCACGCCGCGCCACGUCGCAGGACGGCAGUACGACGUGGCAGGCGGCGCCGCUGCUGCACGGCGCACUCGCUGGCUCGCUCGUGCACCUGGCCGGCAUCGACGUGCUGGGUCCCACGCUGGGCUCACUCGCACGCCUGACGCAAGAUCGCGAGGUCGAGCUGUGGGCCGGCGGCCGUGCUGCGUUGCCCGGCGCCAUGCCGUCUGCCGAGAGCGGCGAAAUCGGCGAAGGAACGCUGACGAGCAUCAACCCGGCCUUCCGGCUCAUCUGCACCGCAUCGGCGCCGCGUGCCGACUGGCUCAACGAGGAGGCCUCGGCGCUCUUCAGCUUCGUCGCACCCAUGCCCAUGAGCGCCGCCGAGGAGCUCAAGGUGAUCGUGGCGCGUUCGGGUGCGGAGCCAGCUGCGCUCAGCCAGCUCAUGGACUUUGCGGGCCGCUACCGUGCGCUGGCGGCGGAUCCUGCGCUGGGCCUCGAUGCCUCUCGUCGCCUUGGCACCCGCUCCCUCAUUCGCGUUGCCACACGUCUCGCGCGCCACAGCUCGACGGACCUGCACGACACCCUCGCUCGCACGUUGCUCAUCGAGUUCCUGCCGCGCACGACAAGUACGCUUGUCCAAACAGCGCUGGCCGAGUCGGAUCUGCGCAAGCGUGGCGCCGAGGGCGCCUUUCAGUAUACGCCUCCGGAGCUGCUCUCGGACCCCGAGGUGCAGGAUGGCCACCUGCUGUUCCGCAACAUGAACGGCACGGGCGACGCUGCAGUCACGCGCAUCCCGCUGUACGACGCUGCUGCCUUGGACCCCGCCGGCGUCUCGCAGAUCCCGACGAUGGCGCACUUCUACAACAACCCGGCUCAGUCGCUGAUGCUGCGCGACAUUGGCCUCGACCUGCUGAGCAACGACGUGCUGCUGAUGGGCAACCAAGGCACGGGCAAGAACAAGCUGAUCGACCGUCUCGCCAUGCUGCUCGGCCGGCCGCGCGAGUAUGUGCAGCUGCACCGCGACAGCAGCGUGUCGAGCAUUCUGCAGCAGGUGCAGCUCAUCGACGGACAGCUCACGUUCCUCGAGAGCCCGCUCAUCCGUGCCAUUCGCAUCGGCCGGCUGUGCAUCAUCGACGAGGCAGACAAGAGCCCGGCUUCCGUCACCGCCGUCUUCAAGUCGCUGGCCGAGCGCCGCGAGCUCACGCUGCCGGAUGGCCGUCGCGUGCGUCCUGCUGGCUCGCAGGGCGCCGACAACGAUGUCAUCGCGCACCCAGACUUCCGCCUGGUGCUUCUGGCCAACCGGCCCGGGCACGGCUUCCAGGGCUCCAACUCCCUCGGUGUCCUUGGCGAGGGCUUUGCGACGUUUGCGAUCUCGAACCCGACGCACGAAAGCGAAGUCGCGCUGCUCAAGCAGGUCGGGCCGAACGUCGACGAGAAGCUGAUCAAGGCGCUCGACCUGGCCUGGUGCGAUCUGCGCGAGCACUUCGACCAGGGCAGCCUGCACUAUCCGCUCUCCAUGCGCGAGCUGAUCCACAUUGUGCGCCACCUCGAGCGCUUCCCGGGCGAGUCGCUCGUCGAGGUGCUGCUCAACACGCUCUCCUUCGACCUGCAGCGUCCGGAGGUCAUGGAGCUCGUCACGCGCACGCUCGCACGCCGUGGGCUGAAGGUCGACGGCCUGAGCCUGGCGGCACUGCGCGAGCGCGAGGAGCAGCUGCAGAAGGAGGGCGCCGGUCGUGUUGACUACGAUCCAGUCAAGGAGGGCAAGGACACGGGUCUCGACAAGCCGAAGGACGGCAAGGUCGAUCCGGAAGGCAAGGAGCACACCGGCGGCAACACGUGGCGCGGCGGCACCGGCGGCCGGGACACGGCAGGUCUCGGCGGUCGUGGCGGCUACGAGCGGCUCUACACGGGCCAGGAGAUCAAGCAGAUCCCCGAUGCGCUGAAGCGCGACGUGCCAGAGCACAUCAAGGAGCAGGCGCGCCAGAUGGCCAAGGAGGCGCUCGCCAAGAAGCUGGCCGAGGAAGGCCUGACGGCACACGAGGGCGCGACGCUGCAGUCGUACAAGGUCGAGCUCGCGCAGUACACCAACAACCUCGUCGCCAUUCUGGACCAGGCACAGACUGCGGCGCGAGAGCGGCAGUGGCUCAAGCGGCAGGAGGAGGGCCAGCUCGACGAGUCGCGCCUCACCGACGCGCUCACGGGCGACAAGGGCGUCAUGAAGCGGCGCGCCGAGCAGCCUCCGGACCCGUUUGCGCCGCAGACCAAGCCGAAGCGCAUCCGCAUCCUCGUCGACGUGAGCGCCAGCAUGUACUCGAUGCAGUUCGACGGGCGCCUCGACCGCCAGCUCAAGACGGUGCUCAUGGUCAUGGAGGCCUUUGCGCGGACGGAGCCCGGCAAGUUCCUCUACGACGUGUGGGGCCACUCUGGCGAGUCGGCGAACAUCGCGCUCGUCAAGGCCGACGCGCCGCCGGCCUCGGCCGGCGACCGAUGGCGCGUGCUGCGCGACAUGACGAGCAUCACGCAGUACACCAUGAGCGGCGACUCGACGCUCGAGAGCAUCCGCUGGGCCUGCCGGGACAUCGUGAAGCAGGAGGCGGACGACUACUUUGUCAUUGCCCUGUCUGACGCCAACCUCGGACGCUACGGCAUCACGACCGACGAGCUGUCGCGCGCGCUGCGCAGCUCUGACAAGGUCAAGGGCAGCAUCAUCUUCCUCGACACGCGCGAGGGCCGCCAGGCGGCGCCGCAGAUGCCCGGCGUCGGCUACAGCGUGACGGAUCUGCGCGAGCUGCCGGCGACGUUCGCAAGUCUGCUCGAGGCGGCACUGGAUGAUUAG